GGAGGAAGAAGAAGAAACAAACGGGGGAGAGGCCAGAAGAAGAGAGAAGCGGAUGUUUUCAGGGAGUUCUCUCCUAAGCUUUGGAGGUAGUGGGCCUGCUCCUCGAAGACACACUGGCCAUUAGGCCUCCGACGAGAUACCACGGUACUCGAGGUCGGAGGUGUAUCGAAAGGCGCCCGACCGUCGUUCUACAACUCUGAAAAACCACAAGACUGAGGACCCGGAGGGGGGCCGGUGUGGCCGGUAAUUUGGGGUCCCCCGACGUCCUGCCCCCGUGACAAGAGACUCCCGUUUUAAGAUCGCCCUCACCCCUCGAUGGAAAAUGAAGUCACCAGGCUCAGUGGACGUCUGCAGUAACGUCCCGGGUGCGGAAGAGGCUGCCCGCGCCGAGGCCUGGGUGUCCCUGAAGGAAAAAUCGGGGUGACUCCCCUCGCUCUCCCGCUCGCCCUCCGCCCCCCCGGAUUGUGCCGGCCGGAAGGACGCCCGUGCGUGGCGCCAAGAUGAGUGCCCUGGCGGGGGACAGAGGGGCGCUCCCGGGGCUGGCGUGCCAAGAGAGCUAUGCCUGCGGGGGCACGGAGCGGGCGGCCUUCGAAUGCGACGACUGCGGCAGCCUGCAGUGUCCCCGCUGCGAGGAGGAGCUGCACAGGCAGGAUCGCUUCCGGGACCACGAGCGGACGCCCAUCCGGGCCGACCACGUGCCCUACUGCGACCCCUGCAAGGGGGCCGACGGCUUCUCGCCCGCCGCCCGGCCCCGGGCCGCCGUCCGUUGCCAGGCCUGCAAAGUCAACCUCUGCGUCGACUGCCAGAAGAGGUCUCACGCCGGCGGGGGCAAGAGGAGGCACCCGCUGACCGUCUACCGGCCCCGGGGCGACCAGGCCCCGCUGGACGGCGUGGCGCCCGACGAGGAGACCAGGAGGAGGAGGAUGACGGACAAGGUCGUCAGUUUCCUCCUGGUGGAUGAGACCGAGGAAAUUCAGGUGGAGGACGAAGAGGACUUCGUCAGGAAACUGGACUGCAAACCGGAGCAGCCCUUGAAGGUGGUGUCCAUCUUCGGGAACACGGGGGACGGGAAGUCCCACACCCUGAACCACACCUUCUUCCACGGCCGCGAGGUCUUCAAGACGUCGCCGGCCCAGGAGUCGUGCACGGUGGGCGUGUGGGCGGCCUACGACCCGGUGCACAGGGCGGCGGUCAUCGACACGGAGGGGCUGCUGGGGGCCACCGUCAACCUCAGCCAGCGGACCCGGCUGCUGCUCAAAGUCCUGGCCAUCUCGGACCUGGUCAUCUACCGGACUCACGCCGACCGGCUGCACAACGACCUGUUCAAGUUCCUCGGGGACGCCUCCGAGGCCUACCUGAAGCACUUCACCAAGGAGCUCAAGGCCACCACGGCCCGCUGCGGGCUGGACGUCCCCCUGUCCACCCUGGGGCCCGCGGUCAUCAUCUUCCACGAGACCAUGCACACCAAGCUGUUGGGGUCGGAUCACCCGCCGGACAUGGCCGAGAAGCUGAUCCAGGAGCGUUUCCGGCAGCUGAGCCGCUUCCCGGAAGCCUUCAGCUCCAUCCACUACAAAGGGACGAGGACGUACAACCCCCCGACGGACUUCUCCGGCCUCCGCCGGGCCGUGGAGCAGCAGCUGGACAACACCACCACCCGCUCCCCUCGCCCCCCGGGGGUCGUCUACAAAGCCCUCAAGGCCCUGAGCGACCGUUUCAGCGGCGAGAUUCCCGACGACCAGAUGGCUCACAGCUCCUUCUUCCCGGACGAAUACUUCACGUGCUCCUCCGUCUGCCUCAGCUGUGGGUCCGGAUGCAAGAACAGCAUGAACCACGGGAAGGAGGGCGUCCCCCACGAGGCGAAGAACCGCUGCCGCUACUCCAACCAGUACGACAAUCGCGUGUACACGUGCAAGGCCUGCUACGAGGGCGGCAAGGAGGUCAGUGUGAUUCCCAAAACAUCCGCCUCCACCGACUCGCCGUGGAUGGGGCUGGCCAAAUACGCCUGGUCCGGGUACGUGAUCGAAUGCCCCAACUGCGGAGUGGUGUACCGCAGCCGGCAGUACUGGUUUGGGAACCAGGAUCCCGUGGACACCGUCGUGCGCACGGAGAUCGAACACGUCUGGCCCGGGAUGGACGGCUUCCUGAAGGACAACAACAACGCGGCUCAGCGGCUCCUGGAUGGGAUGAACCUCAUGGCGCAGUCGGUCUCCGAGCUGAGCCUGGGCCCGACCAAGGCCGUCACGUCCUGGCUGACCGACCAGAUCGCCCCGGCCUACUGGAGGCCCAACUCCCAGAUCCUGAACUGCAGCAGGUGCUCGGCGUCCUUUAAGGAGAACGACACGAAGCACCAUUGCCGAGCCUGCGGGGAAGGGUUCUGCGACGCCUGCUCGUCCAAGACGCGGCCGGUGCCCGAGAGGGGCUGGGGGCCGGCGCCCGUGCGGGUCUGCGACACCUGCUUCGACGCCAGGAGCGUCCAGCCGGAUGUCCCGGAGGCGCAGCUGGACGAGGAGGGGGGCACGCUGAUCGCCAGGAAGGUGGGCGAAGCCGUGCAGAACACGCUGGGGGCCGUGGUCACCGCCAUGGACAUACCACUAGGUCUGGUGAAGGAUGCGGCCCGCCCGGCCUACUGGGUGCCGGACCACGAGAUCCAGCACUGCCAUCACUGCCGCAAGGAGUUCAGCCUGAAGCUGUCCAAGCACCACUGCCGGGCCUGCGGCCAGGGCUUCUGCGACCAGUGCUCCCCGGCCCGGCGCCCCGUCCCCUCCCGCGGCUGGGACCACCCCGUCCGCGUCUGCUUCAGCUGCAAUAAAAAGACCGGCGACCUCUAACCUCUGACCCGCCCCCCCUCACAACCCACCGCCCAACGUCCUUCACAAUUCCUUAGGUUCUCAGGGUUAGCCACAGAAAGCCGUUCGGGUUUGGGGGCGGAGGGGGGGGGGUCUCCUCCCGUUCCCCCUCCCUCGGUAGUCACCGGCCGGGGCCCACGGGCCCUUUCGGGGCCUCUCGCCCCGAGGCACGGGGCGGCGGGUCUGAAGAAGGAUGGGCGGCGGAGGCCCCGGGCGACUCAGCUCAGAGGCGAGUCCACGGCAUUUAAUCCCAGUUAAACGUAUAUAUAUAAAAUAUAAAUAUAUAGAGCGAGAUGUAUAAAUACAAAACAUAAAAAAAAGACACCCCCUCGCCCCCCGCCCAUUCGGCACGGCCGAGUCCUCACCGCCAAGGGGUGACGGCUCAGGACGGUCACGCGCCUCCCCCCUCCCCACCGGCCGGGCUCGCUCCUAAGCCACCGUGUUGCUCGUAGCCUUUCGCUCGCCCCCUCGAUGCCUCGGAAGCUUUUCCCCCCCGUCUCCCCACCCCACCCCGGGAGCCGGCCACGAUGGCUGGGGCCUGGGCCACGUCCCGUCACUUGGCGCCAGACUCUGGCUCACGGCCACCUCCCACGUCCCCCUUGGAGGGUGGACGGGCCGAGGAGCCCACCCGAAGCCCCCCAAACCUUGGGGUCCGUCUCCUCCUCCUCUCCCCCUCCCGAAGUCCCGCUUUUCUGGGAUUCCUGCCCACGUCCGGCCAGCCGGGCCUGAGACGCCGAGACCCCCCGCGAAACCGUCCUCCCCACGACCCCUCAUCAACUCCCGCCACCCCUCGAAGCCCGGGACCUGCUUUCUGAGUGUUGUGCUAGGAUUUCACCGCUCGUUUUAAAGUGUCUUGUCUUCUCUUCGUUCCCAGACCGCUCUCCGGCCGUCAGAAGGGCGGCGGCAGGGACCGUCAGAAAUCUUCCAGGGAAAGAUGGGACUGUUCAGGGUUUUGUUGUUUUUUUUGGUUUCUUUCCCCCCCACCCCGACCCCCGCUCCCAAUAAAAAUAUCACAACCGAUCAAAUAUGGGGGGGGGGGGGAUAAAUUCCCCACUCCUCUCCGGGCUCUCAAAGGAGAAACCAAAUUAACGCUUUUGUCUCUCUCCCGACAGCGACGCGAUGGGGGAAGAGGUGGUUGUGAAAUGAGCCUUUGUUCUUCGAGAUGGAGUUUGGCAUCUUGGGAUAAAGAAGCAGGGUGGCGGGGGCGAGGGGGGGAAGCGUUCCAGAACUAGCUGGAAGACUUAAUUCUGUCGGCGGGAAGUGAGUAGUGGUCUGCGGGGAGGGUGGAUGGGAGGUGGGGGUGAGUUUCAUGGCCAAGUGUAGAUAGAUGGACAUUGAGCUCGCGUAGUGUUUGGUUCCCACGCUGCCCCCACCCCUUUGUAGCUCGGGGACUGAGACUCCACUUUUAGACGUGUAUUAUUAAAUUAAUAACUGUUAUAAAGGA